AUGGGUUUCUUUCCAGCUGGCGGCACAGCUCUCUCCAUAACCGGUGAUUCUUUUGCCGUCGGCACAACCACCGGAGCGAUCGUGCUGGGCUCUUUGGAAGAGAAAGUCGGCACUGCAGAUCAUGUGGACCACAAGCACUCUGUGAGAUCCGUACAGUGGAAUCCGUAUCACCCGGAUGUGUUUUUGUCGUGUGGGAAAGAUUUCACCGUCAGAAUUUGGCAUCGAUCGAUUAGGAGUUCUGUUUUCAAAUUCUUUUUUGAGCAAGAAGUCGUGGAUGUGCGCUGGGCGCCAUUUUCGUCUACGUUGUUUGCAGCCAUUUCUGGGAAUGCUGUAAUUCAUGUAUUUGACCUCUCGACGAGUAAGACAGAAGCUGUGGGAACCUACACAGUCUACACCGCCAAACAAAACUCCCGGCUUACAGUUCUCCGCUUCCAUCUAUUCAAGCCAAUCCUUAUGGUCGGAGACGACAGGGGAAAAGUCACCGUCUUCAAAUUGUCCCCCAACCUGAGGUCUUCUCUGAAGACAUUAGAUUCAUCAGAGCCAGGCAAGUACGCUGCUAAUGAGAAAGAAAAAAUGGAGAAACUGCUAGCAUCGGCAAAAGAAAGAGUCAAGUGAUGUUUUAACUCGAGCUCAAACUUGAAAGUGC